UCUCAACUAUUAUCAGUAUCAACAACCUUCAAUCUCAGGCAUCAAUCAGCUCUUUUCACUACCAUCUCUUCUUUCAUUCGCAUAUCUUCCAGGAGAAGUCGGCCGGUCCUUACACAUUAAUCUACAACCUUAUUUUAUCAACAAUCACCAAUCUUUUACCUUUCAAAUCAUCAAAAAUGGCUCCCAUCUUCAAGAUCGCUGCUCUUCUCACCCUUUCUCUCCACGUUGCCGCUCAAGGCACUCAAUUUAUCACCGGUGCUUGCACUUCGGAUGCCGAUUGCGCAUCCGCAUGCUGCGGCUUCAACUCCGGAAAAUGUGCCGGCCCUGUCGUCGCUCAAGAACGUGACGGAGGUUGCGGGUUCGGUGACGCUCAAGCCAACAACGCAGCAGCCGUUGCUUUGACUGGAGGUGCCGGCAACCAGGCCCAACAGGCCCAGGGAAAUCAGAAUCAGAACAACGGAAAUGGAAAUGCCGCUGCCAAUGCUGCCGAGGCAAAUGGAACGGGUAAUGCUGCUGCUGGCGGAAAUGCCGCUGCUGGUGGAAAUGCGGGCGGAAACGCCGUGCAGGCUGCUGGAACGCAGUUCAUCACUGGCGCAUGCACUUCUGAUGCCGACUGUGCUUCUGCGUGCUGUGGAUUCAACUCUGGAAAAUGUGCUGGUCCAGCUGUUGCGCAGGAACGAGACGGCGGCUGUGGUUUUGGAGAUGCGCAGGCAAACGAUGAUGCCCUGCAGGCUCUCCAGGCCAGGCGCGCCAGACGCUCCAUGUACUAG